AUGAGCUUCGUCUUCAACACAUACAAAAAUCUGUUCUUUACCUUUUAUUUCAAUUGGCCCAUGAUCUUUACUGCGCCACUGUCCUCCAUCGCCUUCGUCAGUGUAUACCCGACUCUUGGCAUCCUACUGCUUCUUUUUGAAAUUGGACUCAAGAUUUUCAUGGAGUAUUUGGGCGGCGCAGAAUUAUUCCAGUACAUCAGUGAGAAAUACGGAUCCGGAUUUGGUGCGAUUAAUUGGGGUUCGCCGAAUCUUCUCUUAUGCGACGAGACGCGUGACCUUGUACGAACAACAAUACCUUCUUUGGGCCAGCCGGAUAGGGAGCCUACAGUGACUGGCUUUCGACGUCGCACCUUUGAUUUGUCCAUUGCUCAAACGUUCACCGUACUGUCCUCAUUGAUAUAUGAACGACAUGCUCAAAAAGUGAGAGAGGCCUACGAAUUGAUGAUCUCUCAGCCGGAUGAGAUCAACAUGGAUGAUGAUAUCGAAACCGCAGCAGAGAAACACUUAAAGGAGCUACUGUCGGAAUCCGAACGGCCGAUCCGAGACAUCACAGCACGAUGGGGAUUGAACUUUGCUGGCGUUUCAGAACUGAAAUCGCUCGGUGGCCCUUUUUGUGGUAUUUAUUGGUCAGAUAGUCACCCUUUUAUUGUUGUCGCUUUCAAAGGAACGACACCUACCAAUUAUGAAGAGUUCUUGGUCGAUGCCACCUUUCAGCGCAUGGAUGCUCGUUCUUUCCUCUAUGGUUCGGUCCACGAAGGUUUUUAUGAAGCCGUGUUUCCCUCCACGCAUUAUGCAAGCGAAGAUACACGUGAUCCAUACGGUGCUAUCCUUCAUGCUGUCAAUGAAAAAGCGCGAGAGAUCCAGGAAAACUUGGAUACAACUUCUCCUGUCCAAGUGUGGAUCACUGGGCACUCUCUUGGUGCCGCCAUGAGUUCGCUUUUAUUUGCUCGAUGGCUCAAGUGCCCAGAAGAUCUGUCGUCACGAUGCCAACUACGUGAUGCCUAUGUAAUUGGUACCCCAGCUGUCGGUGACAAUGACUUUGCCUCCAUGUUUUCGUCUUACAACAACGUACCAGUGACACGCUCAUCGGUUCUUUGGCGUGUCAUGAAUAAGCAAGACAUUUUCUGCCAUUUGCCACCAGGAUAUGACGAUCGCACCAUAGGGCAAUAUAUGAGCAGCACCGAUUUUUUCAAUUACUCACACGUCGGACACGCGAUUCACAUCAAACAUCGAUGGCAUAGAAAGCCUAUCAGAGUGUAUCCGUCAAGUUAUCAGCCUACCAUGCAAGUGGAAAUUGUGCUGGGAGCAUGGGAUCCAACACGGGAAGAAAAGGAGCAAUACGACUGUACGAACGACCUGGUUCAAUCAGCCCAAGAGCGGGACGACCAGGUAGCUAAACGACCGUUGCCACGACUCGUCAGGCGGCUGGAAUCUCAGCCAUGGUUCCAAUUCCUGGCUAAGCGAUACGGAGACGAUAAUCCAAUCCAUCUUCUGGAGAAGAUCUAUCCGUUCUUUAUCACAGACCAUAUGCCUGUGAAUUAUUUUAAAGGAUUGCAACGCGCCCGUGCCUACUACAAGAAGAAGACAGAGCAGCAAGCUGCCGAGGCAUUGCAAAUAGCACAAAAAAAACUGAACUGA